AGGCGCAGGCCCCGGCUGACAGCCGAGACGGCGGCGCGCCGGCUCGCGGCAGCUCUGGGACCCAACAUGCGCGGCACCAGGGGAGGUGUCUGGCUGGCGCUGGUCGCGUCGCUCCUGCAAGUGUCCCUGCAAGGCGAGUUCCAGAGGAAGCUCUACAAGGAGCUGGUCAAGAACUACAACCCGUUGGAGAGGCCGGUAGCCAACGACUCCCAGCCGCUCACAGUCUACUUCUCUCUAAGCCUUCUGCAGAUCAUGGACGUGGAUGAGAAGAACCAAGUUUUAACCACCAAUAUUUGGCUGCAAAUGUCUUGGACAGAUCACUAUUUACAAUGGAAUAUGUCAGAAUAUCCAGGCGUGAAGACUGUUCGUUUUCCAGAUGGCCAGAUUUGGAAACCAGACAUUCUUCUCUAUAACAGUGCUGAUGAGAGGUUUGAUGCCACAUUCCACACCAAUGUCUUGGUGAAUUCUUCUGGACAUUGCCAGUAUCUUCCUCCAGGCAUAUUCAAGAGCUCCUGCUAUAUUGAUGUGCGCUGGUUCCCCUUUGACGUGCAGCAUUGCAAACUGAAGUUUGGAUCCUGGUCUUAUGGAGGGUGGUCCUUGGACCUGCAGAUGCAGGAGGCAGAUAUCAGUGGCUAUAUCCCCAACGGAGAAUGGGAUCUCGUGGGAAUUCCAGGCAAAAGGAGUGAGAAGUUUUAUGAGUGCUGCAAAGAGCCAUACCCGGAUGUCACCUACACGGUAACGAUGCGCCGCAGGACACUCUACUAUGGCCUUAAUCUGCUCAUCCCUUGUGUGCUCAUCUCAGCUCUGGCCCUGCUAGUGUUCUUGCUCCCUGCAGACUCUGGGGAGAAAAUCUCCCUUGGGAUCACAGUUUUACUGUCUCUAACUGUCUUCAUGCUGCUUGUAGCAGAGAUUAUGCCCGCAACAUCUGAUUCAGUGCCAUUGAUAGCCCAGUACUUUGCCAGCACCAUGAUCAUUGUGGGCCUCUCUGUUGUGGUGACAGUGAUUGUACUGCAAUAUCACCACCAUGACCCUGAUGGGGGCAAGAUGCCUAAGUGGACCAGAGUCAUUCUUCUUAACUGGUGUGCAUGGUUCCUGCGCAUGAAGAGGCCCGGGGAAGACAAGGUCCGCCCAGCUUGCCAGCACAAGCAGCGACGCUGCAGCCUGGCCAGUGUGGAGUUGAGUGCGAGUGCAGGGCCUCCUACCAGCAACGGGAACCUUCUAUAUAUCGGCUUCCGAGGCCUGGAGGGCAUGCACUGUGCCCCGACCCCUGACUCUGGGGUUGUGUGUGGCCGCAUGGCUUGUUCCCCUACACAUGAUGAGCACCUUCUGCAUGGUGGACAGCCCUCAGAGGGGGACCCAGACCUGGCCAAGAUCCUGGAGGAGGUCCGCUACAUUGCCAACCGCUUCCGCUGCCAGGAUGAGAGUGAGGCUGUCUGUAGUGAGUGGAAGUUUGCAGCCUGCGUGGUGGACCGCCUGUGCCUCAUGGCCUUCUCAGUCUUCACCAUCAUCUGCACCAUUGGCAUCCUCAUGUCAGCUCCAAACUUCGUGGAGGCUGUGUCCAAAGACUUUGCAUAACAUCACCCAGUUCUAUACACAUAGGAAAUGCACAGAUAGGCAAAGUGGUUGUUGGUGAGAAUUCUGUGUGGUAAACUCACAGCAGCAUUAAAUGUGACAACUCUGAUGUAUCCUUUGUGGCUGUCAAUUGUCAAUCCUGAUGGUUACAGUUUCCUUGUUACCUUCAGUAAUAGGAUCUUAGUAUUUUUCUCUUUGAUAUCUUAUGCAUACCACUGGCACAUCAUUCUGUUCAGCAGGGCCACUGUACAGUCAUUUUGCCCAUUUGUUCUCUUUCUGGAGAGCCAUUUAGAGAGAUCUUUGUGGCUCC